AUGGUGGCGACGGGAGGCGGAGCAGAUCUGCCAUCAAAGGAACGCAAGGAGGUGAAUGGAUCGAAGCAGAAGGAACUCGUCCUAUGCGCAUUACCAUGGCCCCAGGAAGGUGCCCAGAGAGCCAUCAAGGCGUUGAAAGACACAUUCGAUGAUGUUGACGUGGAAUACUUCCAACGUACGGACAACACCGAAAUACCUGCAGACCUCCUCACCCGUGCAUCAUACCUCGCCACGCUUUUCUGGCUUCCAUCUCAGCCUUCCGACCUUCCCAACACCCAAUUCAUUCAAUUCUUCUCUGCCGGAACUAAUCACGUAGCCCAACACCCAAUCUAUACCGAGUCCAAGAUCCCACUAUGUUCGGCCAAUGGCGUACACGGGCCGCAGAUUGCGGAAUGGGUGAUUAUGAUGGAUCUCGUACACAGUCACAACUAUACGAAGUUGUACGGGUUGCAGCAGAAAAGAGAAUGGAAACCAAGUGCGGGCAUGAACGUGAGUGAUCGCGUAGGGAAAAGAGUGGGAAUUUUGGGUUAUGGAAGUAUUGGACGACAAGGCAAGUACCGACUCUUUUUGCAAAACUCUUCCAUUGGUCUUGAUGUUACGAAUGUCUCGCAAUGCCAAAAUGGCCGCAUCCCAGGUCUACCGGUGGAGGUAGCCUGUAAAUACUCGGCUUUGUAUACGAUCCGCCACCAACCUUUAUCAAUGCAUCCCCGGAGUUACACUGCAUACGACCCGCGAGGCGAGCUCAAUGCAGUGGCCCGCGUUGCCAAAGCGAUGGCCAUGGACAUCAUCGCCUACACAGCCUCGCCGCGCAAGACACCAGAGUCCAAACACGACAAUGGGUACAUCGUACCCGGCACUGGUGAUCCCAAGGGUGAGCUGCCAAGUGAAUGGUAUAGUGGCACAACCCGAGAAGACGUGCAUGAGUUCCUGAAGCAGGAAAUCGACCUGUUGGUUAUUGCUGUGCCAUUGACCGAAAAAACCAGACACGUUCUCUCCACGCCUGAAUUCGAACUCCUCCACAAGUCCAACCCCCGAGGAACUUAUGUUGCCAACAUUGCGCGCGGCCCGAUCAUCGACCAAAAAGCCCUCGUUGAUGCGUUGGAAAAGGGACUUAUCAAAGGCGCGGCGCUCGAUGUAACGGAUCCUGAGCCGCUGCCUGCAGAUGAUCCGCUAUGGACUGCGCCGAAUGUUCUGAUUACACCGCAUAUCAGCGGAUCAUCGGAUGUGUAUGCAGAUAGGGGGUUUCAGUUGCUCAUUGAGCAAAUCAAGAGGAAGAGGAGUGGGAAGAAGCUGAUAAACGAGGUCAAUCGUGAGAGGGGAUAUUGA